AUGUACGGCUGGCCACUGCUGGUCCACUACUGUGACACCUGCCACUACAACACCACUGUCGACUACACCCCCACUGUUUGGUCUCAGGACCACGUCUGUAACCACUGCGGCAUCAGCGCUCCGGGGGCCGACCUCGCUGGGUCCAGUACCGCCGAGAUGAACCAAGGCCAGCAUGACGAGCUCGCGCAGCUGUUUGCUCAGCAGAUGCAGGUCUCCCAGCAACAGCAGGCCUUCCAACAGCAACAACAAAAUCAACAAGCCCAAGCACAGCAAGUAGCGCCCCCGGUCACCGAAUCGACUCCACCCGAUCAGCCCGAAAAGCAGGCCGCUGCAGACCACGAGCCCAUUCACUUUGUCUCUGCUCACUACUACCCCGGUGCUGCCCACAUCCGGCCAGAUACAACAUCUGAGCCCUCCCGCUCCCCACCUCCUCCCUACCUCGAAGUCCUCAUGCCCGAAGCAAUGGCCGAUACUCUCCGCCAGCACUCGAUCGACCCCAACGCCCUCCUUCCCAAUCAAGUCCACCUCUUCCAGAACGCUGACUACGAGCAGAGACUGCGCCUUCUCGAACUCUGGCGGAUAGCACCGCCCAGCUAUCCGCUAGAGGAGCACUUGACUACAGGCAGAUGGGCGCCCACGAAUGUGCAGAGGGAGGAGGCGCUAGCUCGGGUGCGCUUUGAAGAGCAGCAGUAUCAACAGCACCAACAAGUGAUGAACGGCCGGCUGCCGCCACCACAAGAAGAGCACAUGCUAGACACCCACAUCCCCGAACCCAUCAGCCCCAUCCGCGACGCCAGCGACACCCCCUGGCCACCCGCUGCCCGCAUGCGGGCCGCCAACAUCCACUCCCGCUCGCAGUCUACGGCAGAACCGUACAUCGUCUCCGGCUACCAGUCCGUAGACCCCGUGUACGCGGCUGCUGCAGGUUUGUGGACGGCGCCGAGCUAUGCGCACGCGGUGGAGCAACAGCAAGGGCAGGGGAUGGAGGAGCAGUAUGGGAUGUUCGAGCAGAUUCGCAAUCAUGCCGAUUGGGAGCGGAGGAAUGAGAUGUUGGCGCGGGAGAAGCUGGGGAUGGUGGGGAGGGGUGCGGGUGGGGGUGGGGAGGAUUGCGAGAUGGAGUUGUAG